UGUGUGUCAGUGUGUGUCGAGCGCGGGGGAAGAGUGGUGAGGAGUUUCGCGUCUCUCGGUCUACCAGCUCCGCGUACGUGUUCGUGCAGGUUCGCGCGCAAGAGAGCGCGGCGGGAGAGGAAAAGGGGGAGCGGAAAGCCUGCGUCGGACAGAUCGAGCCAAGAAAUGGAACGGAGUUUCACGGAGCGGCACGUUUCACCGCGCCACCGGCCGCUCGACAGCGAUCGCGGAAUCGACAGCGAGGAUGACGUCGCCGGCAGCUCGAGAGAGCUCGGAAAGUGUAACGUCACCGACGAGAGCAACGACAACGAUGCUGACAUGUCGAACAAUAUGACGUCGGAAAAGGACAAAUUCAGUGACGACGACACGCCAAUCCUGCGUCUGGCCAGACAUAUAAAUAGCGGGAGGUAUAAUGUAAUGGAUAACAGUGAUGAAGGGACCGACGACGAUGAAGAUAAUAGCGCAAAGUAUCGUGCAGUUACUGACCUCAAUAAGACUUCUGGUUUAGGUUCUUCCGGUUCACUGAACGAAACCGAGGAUACAAGAAGAAAAUAUGUUUCCCGUGACAAUACCAGGGAAGGCAUACAAGAAUUAAGACCCAAUUCUUCUAGUGAGAUUCUUAACACGGAUUUUGUUAACAUUGAUCAUUCGUACGGACAAAGUAAUACCAACUACAAACCAGCAAGUGCAAAAGGUAAAGCGUUUGACGACGAACCAGUGACUGUGGACCUCGAUUUAGAUUUUGAACAAAACAGCGAAUCUGAGUUCGCAACGUCUUUUGCAAUUGAAGAUAUUGAAAAUGUGAAUCCGGCAGUAGCACGGAACAGAGCAACUGAGAUUUCCAAAUUAGACCAGUGUAAAAGUGAUUCUAUCACGAUUAAACGACCAUUCACUGGAGAAAAUAUCCAAUAUUUGUUCGAGAAAAGACAGAGACUAGAAAAUUGCAUGCGCCAAGAAGCAGGGAUCUGCACGUUAACACGCGAAAUGGAGAACACUCCUUUACUUUCGCUAUCCAGUAGUUCAGGAUCCUGUAGUAUCUCGAACGUAAGCCAGGAAGUAGUAGUGCACACUUCGCAUUUCGCACAAAAAUCCCAGUCUUUCAACGUGUCCUCAGAUUACUCGGAUCUAGAGGAUCUAGAGUUCUCAGAUUUUCAAGAUUACUCAGACCCGAAUUACUCGGAUGACGAUUCCACAGACGACUCGUAUUCAUAUUUUGACGAUAUGCUAACGAGACCCAGACGUUCCUGGUUUAAGAAACUAGAAAGUGCGCGAGCCGCAAAUAACAAAGAUCGUGUUUUAACGAUUGAAGGAUUACUAAAUCUGCACGGAUCGCUCGUAGCUUGUCCGUCGGAGAAUGUAAAGGUAGAAGACCCGAUGGGAUUGAAUGUGGAGUUGAUGCCGCACCAACGGCACGCUCUCGCAUGGCUUCUGUGGAGGGAGAACCAGAAACCAUGCGGUGGCGUUUUAGCCGACGACAUGGGCUUGGGCAAGACGCUGACUAUGAUAUCUUUGAUUGUGACCGAUCUUUAUAAGAAUAUUCCUGAUGAUAGUAACGAUAAAGAAGAAAGUAACGAUAAAGACAAAUGGAUUAACAAGAAUAAACCUUCAUAUCCCAAAGGUGGUACUCUUGUUGUUUGUCCCGCGUCCUUGCUGGCACAGUGGAAAAACGAAGUUUGGAAUAGAUGUGAACGCGGUCUACUAUCCGUCGAGAUGUACCACGGCAAUAACCGACAGAGCGUCAGCACGAAAUUGACAAAGAAUAAUAUAGUCAUCACAACGUAUCACAUAUUAACUCGUGAAUAUAAAUUCAGUUCUACAUUGUACAAGAUCCACUGGGAGAGAGUUAUACUCGACGAAGCUCAUAUAAUAAGGAAUCCUAAGAGUCAAGGGUUCGAGGCGGUCUGUAAACUGUCAGCAAACAAACGAUGGUGUCUCACCGGCACGCCUAUACAAAAUAAGGAGUUGGAUUUAUACUCUAUCCUGAAGUUUCUCCGGUGCUCGCCGUUUGACGAUAUACGCGUGUGGAAACGUUGGGUUGAUAAGAAGGACAAAGCGGGCCAUCAAAGAUUGGCGACGGUCAUGAAGACGCUGAUGUUGCGGAGAACUAAAGAAGAAUUGAUGGCGAAAGGCGAGAUAGAAAAUUUACCUGAUAAGUCUAUCCAGGAAGUGAAAGUGUACCUCGAUGAUGAGGAACAAUUAGUGUACCAGAAAAUUUUAAAGUACUCCCGCACUUUGUUCGCGCAAUUCUUAGCUCAACGCGAGGAGAAGCAACGCAGCGGUUCUUACACUUCUUACGGCGGGGCGUAUAGUGGGACGUACAGUGGGACGUACAGUAAGCCUACCCAUUUUUUCAACUCUGCCAAGGCAAGUCCGUUGACAAAGGCACAAAGCAAAUUGCUGCAGAUGCAUACCAACGUAAAGACAUAUGAGAUUUUGGUACUCCUCCUACGACUGCGUCAGGUAUGCUGCCAUCCGGCAUUGAUCCGCGCGAUGCUGGAUCAGGAAGACGUGAAGCAAAGCGGAAUAAUGGAUAUGGAAAUGGAGGAUGCCGAUUUCUUCGCCCAUGUGAAGAACAUGCAACGCAACAGUAACGAUUACGCGAAAGAGAAAGACCUCGGCUUCGAUCCGAGAACAGUGGCGAAUCUACUACUUAGCCAGGAAGAAGGUAUUGAUAAGAAAAUACUCGGAGAUAUACUCACCUCUGACAAUUCCGUGUUCGACGACGAUCGCAGUAGUUCUAAGAUGAAGGUGCUGCUCCACAUAGUUCAAAAAAUUUUACAAAAGGAUGAUGACAAGCUCAUCAUUGUUUCACAAUGGGCUAAGCUACUAGAUGUCAUAGCGUCGCGCUUGUCCUUGAUAAAAGGCGCUACUUAUAGCAAGUUUACAGGAGGUGUCGCCAUUAAAGAUCGACAAGAUGUAGUGGAUUCUUUUAACAGCCAACAUUCCGGCCCGAGAAUUCUGUUGCUCUCGCUCACUGCUGGCGGGGUGGGAUUAAACUUGGUAGGCGGCAAUCAUUUGUUGUUAUUCGACAUUCAUUGGAAUCCACAGUUAGAGACGCAGGCGCAAGAUAGGAUUUAUCGUUUUGGUCAAACCAAGAAUGUCUACAUCUACAAGUUUAUUUGCGUUGAUACGAUAGAAGAGCGCGUUAGAGAGUUGCAAGAGCGAAAACUUGAGAUAGCACGGAACGUGUUGAGCGGUGACAGAAGCAACGCGGCUACGAAGCUUACGCUGAACGAUCUGAAGUCGCUAUUCGGCUUCUGAUUUGUUUCAUCUUGCAAUAAUAGAAUUAAAUCAAUGACGAUAGAACAUGCUUUAAUUCUAUUAUUAAUCAUAAUGCAAAACAUUUUGAGUAUAGAUAUUGUUCUAUAUUGUUCUAUAGUUUAAAAGUUUAAGUGAUAUUCCUUCACAACAGUUUUCAUAACAAACGCGUGCGCGUUGUAUUAAAUAAAACAGAU